CUGACGUUAUAAAACAAGGGUUAUAAAACCAGUUUUCUCGAUGCGCAGUAUCCUCUGUUUCUGGGAAUUUCUCCUUGCUGCAUGUUUUAUUCAGUAAACACUUGAGCCUCCUGUUUAAUUGUCCAGUAGCCAGAACUAUAUAUUAUCGGACAUUCUAUUCUUUAUGAUGUCGCGGUUUUGCUUCUUGUUAUUUUUUGUCCUUCUGCUUCUGGUGGCAGACGACAUCGAAUGCAGACGUCAACGACGUCAUCGUCACAGAUUCGGUCGCAGACUUAAUGAUGGACUUCGAGGUUUGAGAAGACAGGUGCGCCGCUGGAACCAUAGGUGGCGUUUUCCUUGGGCUGACAUUAAUUUUGCCUUUAACUAUGGAGGUAGCAGCAGAUCCAGGGAUUGGUGGGACGGUCCAAAUGUUUGUACGGAUGAAGUGCGUAAGAAUGAGACCACGUCAGAUGACGUUACCAGUCAUCAUAUGACGACUACUGUUACGUGUGAUGACAAGACUACGUCUUAUAUAUGUACUAAAUCAACGACCACCAAUGGGAAGAAGACAACACUCAAAGAGGUCAAAGAAUGCUGUCAUGGUUACAGCAGGACUUCAGGACAAUAUGGAUGCCCAACUUAUCGUCAGUUACAAGAUAUAGUGAAGACAGCCGAGUCUAUGAACUUGACAGAAUUCCUCAGAGUCGCUAGAAGUGUUGGUCUGGAGAGUAAACUACAAGACAGCUCCGGGGCGAAUUUCACCGUGUUUGCUCCAACAAAUGAAGCUUUUAAACAAACACCGAAUUUGUAUCCAACCUUUGAAAACAUCAUUCUUAGCGAUAUGAACUCUGUCAUCAGAAUCUCACCAUCUGAAAGCACCCUGCUUGUAAGUGAUGCAUCGGAUCUGGUGUUGGGUCACGUGGCAGGAGGUAUCCUUACCACUACAAGACUUGAGGACGAGCAGACGAUAACGUCUGCAAAUUCCAAAUCCUCCACUAUCAGAGUCAAUUUCUAUGACAUGGUAGACGAUGGUAUCAUGACUGCCAAUUGUAAACGGAUUUCGUCACGUGACAAUCUAGCAACCAAUGGUGUCAUUUAUGUUGUUGAGGAUGUUCUGCAGCCAGUAACUAAAUCACUGAUGGACAUCAUAAGCAGCAACCCUCAGCUCAGCUACCUGAAAACAGCUAUUGGUCGCACUGAUCUUGGUCUCAGUCUUAGAAGUAAUGGACAGUUUACCCUCUUUGCUCCAACAGACAAUGCUUUUAAGAAACUGGACGGAGGACUUUUACAGAGAAUUUUAAGUGAUCAACGUUGCUUGAAAAAAAUUUUAUUCCAUCAUCUUCUUCCUAAUGUUGUUUGCUCCUCGGCUGUGUCGGAUAAACACAAGUCACGAACGAAAAAUCGGUUGUCGAACUAUCUCCGCUUGUCACGUGAUCAGAAUAACAAAUACUUCGUGGAAAACUCACAGAUUGUGGACCGUGACGUCAUGGCUACCAAUGGCGUGCUUCACCUGAUUGAUGACGUUAUUCUUCCUGAUGAAGCUUUGGAUAUACUUCAUGCACUUCAGAAGAGGAAUAUUACCAAACUCCCGGAAUUAAUUGUGCAAGCAGGUCUUAAGAAAUCGUUCGAAACGGCCGACAAUAUUACUGUACUAGUGCCAACAGACGAGGCGUUCUCAAAAAUGACGGCGUUUGCUGAGAAGAGACUGAACGAGUCAGAGACAGCACUAGCUGAUGCACUCCGUUAUCACGUGAUCCCCACUACGACUACGUGCCGCGCUUACGACAAGUUGCCUACGUGGAACCCCAAAAGGAACCUUACUGUCCACCGGGAUUUCAUGUUUCCAUAUCAUGGCUUUGUUAGAGAGACUAUACAAUGUGCUACCAUUUUGAAAUCCAACAUUCAAAGCUGCAACGGAAUUAUUCAUAUCAUAGACAAGGUUUUGGUCCCACCAGUAGGGACUGUUGUUGAUGUGCUUGAAGUGGACAAUCGGUUUACAGAAUUCGUUCGUUUGUUGAAAAACUCCGGUCUAGCUGACCAGUUACAGGGAAAAGGGCCAUUCACAGUGUUAGCACCAACAAACGAGGCGCUAAAAGAAGUUUCAGAGAACGAUAUGAAGGAAUUGGAAAGUCGUAAAGAACACUUGCAAAGUUUCAUCAAAGACCAUAUCAUUCAGGGACACCAUUGUUGCUCCCAAAUUAAACGAUUCGGUGACAGAUUUAAUAUAUUCCCCAGAAGGUUGAGGUCCGUGUCGGGAAUGAAAUUAAUCGUUGAGGAGUCCAGAGAUCAACUUAGUGUGGGAACAGCGGACGUCACUGAAUGUGAUAUGGUAGGGACAAAUGGAGUUGUCCACGCGAUUAACGAAGUCCUACAAGAAGAAGACUAUUACGAUCCGUUCGACUUUUCAUUCUGGUAAAGCGUGAGGGUCUGUCCAAUUGUCAUAUACUAGUACUGACUUAAUAUUCCAUACAGAAUGUUUUACAUCCAUAGAAAUAAAUAUUUUAAAAGAAAAACAUUUCUGUAAAAAUAGUUGUCAUUAGAUAUAUGAAGUAAAACAAAUACAAUACUGGUGUAUAGUUUCAUAGAAUACAUUAUGUUUAAAAUUACUAGUACAUGUAUUUAUAAUUAUGGUCUGAUGUUGUGCAACUUUAAUCAAAACUCGUUUUGACGAUGAACGUGCAAAUAAAACAUACUUUCUCUGUAAA